AGCGGUGAAGUGCAGAGACAGAGACACAGAGAGACAGACAGAGAGGUAGGCAGGAAAGAGGGGAAGCCGUGGACAAUCUCACUAACAGCGAUCAGUGUCGGUUCCUGGAGGAUGUCUGCGACCACAGUGGAUCAGAGACCUAAAGGACAAGGAAAUAAAGUGCAAAACGGAUCAAUGCAUCAAAAGGAUGGUGUGAAUGAUGAUGAUUUUGAGCCUUAUUUAAGCGGCCAGACAAAUCAGAGUAACAGCUAUCCACCAAUGUCUGACCCCUACAUGCCCAGCUACUAUGCUCCAUCUAUUGGUUUCCCUUACUCUCUGGGAGAGGCUGCUUGGUCCACAGCAGGAGACCCUCCAAUGCCCUACCUUACAACUUAUGGACAGAUGAGCAAUGGUGAGCCACACUUCAUCCCUGAUGGUGUGUUCAGCCAGCCAGGAGCUCUGGGGAAUACCCCUCCAUUCCUCGGCCAGCAUGGCUUCAACUUCUUCCCUGGCAAUGCAGACUUUUCCACCUGGGGUACCAGUGUCUCUCAGGGACAGUCCACCCAAAGCUCAGUCUACAGCAAUAGUUAUGGUUAUGCCCCCAGCUCACUGGGUCGAGCCAUCACGGACGGACAAGCAGGUUUUGGAAGUGACACCCAGCUCAGUAAGGUGCCGGUACUGAAUAGCAUUGAGCAGGGUAUGGCAGGGCUAAAACUGGGUACAGAUAUGGUAGCAGCUGUCACCAAAACUGUGGGGUCACCUUUAGGAGGCACCACAGGUAUGACCAGUAUGGCAGCCAAUAACCUCCCUCCUUCUGUCAGCUUGGCAGCACCUAAACCUGCCUCCUGGGCAGCAAUUGCCAAGAAGCCGGCCAAGCCACAGCCCAAGGUCAAACCCAAAGCCAACAUGGGGAUGGGUGGACUUGCCACCAUUCCCCCGCCCCCCAUAAAGCACAAUAUGAACAUUGGUACUUGGGACGAUAAGGGCUCACUUAAUAAAUCCCCAUUAGCUCAGACUAUGAUGCCCCCACAGCCUCUUGUGCAGCAGCCUCUCCUAGCUCAUUCCCAACCCUUACUGCAGAACCCUUUGUCCCAUCAGCCUCAACACCUGUCCCAUCAGCCUCAACACCUGUCCCAUCAGCCUCAACAUCAGCCCCAGCCCCAACACCAACACCAACACCACCAACACCACCAACACCACCAACAUCAACAUCAACAUCAACAUCAACACCAACACCAACCCUUCCAGCUUCAGUCUCUCCAGUCCCCCCAACACCCCCAGCAUCUUGCCCCUGGCCCCCCGCAUCUGCACCUCCCCCCUCAGCCUGGCCCCCCACAUAACCCCCAUCAGCAACAACCCCAGCACCCCGGUCCACCCCCCAACCGUUGGGUAGCUCCAAGGAACCGGGGUGAAGGCUUUGGACUGGGUGGGGGAGUCCCCCUUAGUGCCUCCCCUUGCUCUGGAGAAGUGCAUCCUGUGCUGGAGAAACUUCGUGCCCUCAACAACUACAACCCCAAAGACUUUGACUGGAACUUGAAAAAUGGACGUGUUUUCAUUAUCAAGAGCUACUCGGAAGAUGACAUCCACCGCUCAAUCAAAUAUUCUAUCUGGUGCAGUACAGAACAUGGCAACAAGCGCCUGGAUGGUGCCUAUCGCUCACUGGGCAACAAGGGACCCCUGUACCUGUUGUUCAGCGUCAACGGCAGUGGGCACUUCUGCGGUGUGGCAGAGAUGCGCUCACCGGUGGACUACAAUGCCUAUGCAGGUGUCUGGUCUCAGGACAAGUGGAAGGGCAAGUUUGAGGUGAAAUGGGUUUUCAUCAAAGACGUGCCCAACAACCAGCUGCGACACAUCCGGCUGGAGAACAAUGACAACAAGCCAGUGACCAACUCCAGGGACACUCAGGAAGUGCCUCUGGAGAAGGCUAAACAAGUGCUUAAAAUUAUCGCCACUUACAAGCAUACCACCUCAAUCUUUGAUGAUUUUGCACAUUAUGAGAAACGUCAGGAAGAGGAGGAGGCUAUGAGGAAGGAGCGCAAUAGAAAUAAACAGUAACCUUCAAGCGAGAGCCGCCUGCUUCAAGUGCAACACUAACGAUGUAGGACCGUAAAUAAAAAUUUGCCUAACCAGGAGGGGGAAGAAGCAACGAUCUCUUGCAAUCUCUUCCCUACCGAAGACGACAAUGUAUCUGAACACUUGAACACGACAAUAGAUGGACUCAUCUGUAUCUGUUGACCGGUGGCGUCAAAACCCUGUGUCUCCUCCAUCUCACAAGAAAAAUGAACCCACUUUGAGAACUCUGUCUUUUAAGCACUUUCAGUCCUUCUAAACGGCCUGUACCAGUACCCUUAACUCUCUAACUCUCUGUUACUCUUUGAUUUUGUUUGUGAGCGACUAACUGACUAACCCCCGAGGAGUCAGACCAGUUUUCACCAGGCUUAUUUGUAAUUUUUUUAAUGCCUCAAAUGUUUGGGAUAUUGGCGAGCCUCACUGGCUCCCGACGAGAAUUAAAACUGAUAUUAUGUUUAAAUUAAUCUUGUACUUGAAUUUGUGUUUUAGCCAUGUGACGGAGGCUGCGUGUGAUUGACAGGUGGGAUGAAACAGCCACAUUCAUGCCAAUCACUGGAUGUAUCCUCUCUCUCUCUCUCUCUCUCUCUACCUGUUCCCUUCCUCUCUGCAUCUGUUUCUAUGUACCAAAAGAUACAGUUAUGCAGUGGGUUGGCACGCGCCGGCCAGUGCACACCUUUUUUGUUUUUCUUUUGAUUUUUCUCUCGCUCUGUCUUGUGAUUCUGUCAUUCUGAAGUGCAUUUGUCUGAGGAGAAACCUGCUGCUCUGAUAGGAAUCUGACGUUGAUGUACUCGACUGUACCUCAGGCUCAAUCAGACUGUCUGUCCUCAACAAUUCUUAGCACUUUUGGGAAAACCCUCCCACACGACCACCCCUCCUGCUCAGCUUGAACGGGGGCUUCCCCAAGACGGCAAGACAUCAACUGCAAGAAUGUGACAGUUUUCUCCUCUAGGUAACUCGCAAGCUAAAUAAAAAUUACCCAUGUUUAGCGCAA